AUGCGCUGGGAACCCGCACGUGUCGCGCAGCCACCGCCCACACCCCAGAGCACCCCGUCCUCGUCCUCCUCCCCCACGUCCCACCCUCCCUUCCCACUCCCAUUCACACGGCCCAUGGCGGAUCCACUCCCCUCGGCUCCGACGCCGGUCCCUACGCCGGCGCCAGUAGAGCUCGAAGAGUUCUACAGCUCGUGGUCGCUGUUCCUCGUCUGCUUGCUGCUCAUCGUGUCGCUGUGGACGAGCUAUUAUCUGCAGAUUAAGCGGAUACGCGCGGUGCAUGAGACGCUGGUGUCGAUUGUUGCGGGCAUGUUUGUCGGGUUCGUUAUCAGGCUUGCGCCGGGCAAUCUUAUCAAGGAGAUGUUGACAUUCAAACACACGCUCUUCUUCAACCUGCUCCUCCCACCCAUCAUCCUCAACUCGGGCUACGAACUCAAACAAGAGAACUUCUUCCGCAACUUCGGCUCCAUCCUCGUCUUCGCCUUCGCGGGCACAUUCAUCAGCGCAGUCGGCAUCGGUGUGCUCGUAUACGUCUGGAGCUUCCUUGGGCUCGAAGGCCUCGACUUGUCGUUACUGGAAUGUCUGAUCUUCGGGACGACGCUCAGCGCUACGGAUCCGGUUACUAUUCUGAGUAUAUUUACUCAGUAUAAGGUCGAUCCGAAGUUGUAUACUAUCAUCUUCGGCGAGAGUCUGCUGAAUGAUGCGGUUUCCAUCGUCAUGUACGAGACACUCUCGACGUUCCACGGCACAGACAUAUACAUGGCCUCCUUCGCAAAAGGCACCGGCAUCUUCCUCCUCUCCUUCUCCGUCUCAAUGGCAUUGGGCGUCGCAUUCGGCCUCCUAAUGUCCCUCGUCCUCAAACACUCCCACCUCUCGCAAUACCCCGCCAUCGAGACCUCCCUCGUCGCGCUCGUCGCCUACACCUCCUACUUCUUCUCCAACGGCCUGAGCAUGUCCGGCAUCGUCUCCCUCCUCUUCUGCGGCAUCACGCUCAAGCACUACGCCUACCACACCAUGAGCCGCCGCACGCAGCGCGCGACGCGCUACAUAUUCUCCACGCUCGCGCACCUCUCGGAGAACUUCAUAUUCAUCUACCUCGGGCUCGGGCUCUUCACGAGCCCGCCCGCGAGCGCGAAAGUGACGAGCUACUUCAAGCCGCUGCUCAUCGCCAUCACGACCGUGGCCGUCGUGUUCACGCGCUACGCCGCCGUGUUCCCGCUGAGCGAGAUCAUCAAUUUUAUAUUGAGGCAUGGGAGGGGCCAGCGCCAGGACGAGCUGCCGCACAGCUACCAGAUGAUGCUGUUCUGGGCCGGGCUGAGGGGCGCCGUGGGCGUGGCGCUCGCGGCGGGCUUCGUGGGCGAGAACGCGGAGACGCUCAGGCAGACGGUGCUGGUGGUCGUCGUGCUCACCGUUGUCGUAUUCGGCGGGACGACGGCGCGGAUGCUGGAGGUGCUGGGGAUCAGAACGGGCGUGGAGGACGAGGCCGGGACGGACAGCGACGACGACGUGCCGCCGCAGUGGUACAUCCGCGCGAACAGCAGGAGCAACAGCGUCGGCCCGCGCAACGCGCUCAACUUCAGCGGGUUCAGCUACAACCACCACACGGCGACGCAGGGCGUCACGCCCUCCGCGGGCGCGUUCAGCGCGGCGAGCUCGGACAGUUACGAUUCGGACGGCGGAGAGGUGUUACCGCUGGCGAGCACGAGCCACGCGGGACAAGCGUCCGGUACAGCAACGCCGCCCGCACGACGCAGCGGCGCCGAAGAAGGCAAAUGGUUCCAGGAUAUCGACGAGCGGUAUCUGCUCCCUCUGUUCAGCAACGCCACGGCCAGCCGCUCGUUCCACGCGCGGCGGGCCAUGCGCAGCAGGGCGGAUAUACCGGACGAGCUCGACGUGUUCGUCGCGGAUGACGAUGGCGGGCCUGAGGUUGAGCUGGGCGUGCCGAGGGGACGACCGAUGCCGCCGGCGCAGAAUGGGGCGGAGGAGAGUAGAGUCGAGAGGGGGUUCAGCAGUCCGGCGUUGAGGGGGAAGGAUUCGAGCGACAGCGGGCGAUGA